AUGGAUAGGUUCAGCAAAAGAAAUAUAAACCAUGAAGCAAUAAGGCAGUCAUUCAGUUUCCAACGGUCCGAUUGUGGUUCCACCCAGUUUAUUUACACAGAUGGGUCAAAAACUGCAGAUGGCGUUGGAAGUGCAUUUUAUACAAACAACGAGAGUCAUUCCUGGACACUUCAUCCAAUGUCCUCUGUCUACUUCGCUGAGCAAUAUGCGAUAUGGCAGGCCCUGUUAUAUUGUGCUGUUGGAAAGAGUUCAACUCGGAUUAUGAUUGUAACCGAUUCACGGAGCACACUGCAGUCACUUGCCCCAAUAUACGCUAAGGAUCCUAUAACUAGAAAUAUUAAAUGUCUUCUCCUUUACCUGCAGGAGCAGGAAGUUGACGUGACCGUUGUUUGGGCACCAAGCCACGUGGGAAUAGAAGGAAAUGAAUGUGCGGACCAGGCUGCAUAUCAAGCAGCCCACAAUUCUAGCCAAGACCUGUGUCUACUGAAAAGAGCUGAUGCAUUGAGAUUCGUAAAUCAGAAGCUUGCCGAAGAAUGGCAAGAAAUGUGGUCGAACAAAAAUACCAAACUAAAAAUAAUUCAUCCAUGCAUCAAUGCCUCUGUACCUACACAUGAGUUCCAGAUGACAAGAGAAGAAAGAACGAAAGUAACCCGACUCAGAAUAGGCCAUACCUUACAUACACAUGGAUACCUUCUAAAGCCCGCCACUCACGAAGCAGGUGAGCAACAACCAAUCUGCGUACAUUGCAGGGAACCACUGACAGUGACUCACAUAAUCUGUGAAUGCUCUGCAUAUAGAACUGCCAGAAUUAACUGUAAUAUCGGACCUGAACUAAAGGAUAACCUUUGUGGAUUUCAUGAUAUUAAAAACACAAUUAGGUUUCUGAAAGAGAUAAACGUAUACAAACUUAUCUAAAAGCUGCGUAGAUAGAUACUUUUCUCAUUCACCUUAUAUGAAACCUAUUGAGCCAUUAUAACGCGGGUAUA